AUGGAAGUGAACAGGGACGAAGCCGAGCGAUGUAUUGAGAUUGCAUCGUCUGCCCUGAAGAAUGGCCAUCUAGAAAAAGCCUGCAAAUUUCUUGAGAAAGCACAAAAACUUUUUCCAACCGACAAAGCUAAGGCUUUGUUAGAAUCUGUCGAGCAGAAAAGGAAUGCGUCCAGCAGGACCAGCAACACAAACGAGGGCACGGAACCUCGAUGCCGCAGAACUGCAGAGAAUGCGAGCGCAACUGGAGAGAAGACCUCCGAUGCGGACAAGUCAUAUACCACAGAGCAACUGGAGGCUGUCAGACGAAUAAAACAAUGUAAUAACUAUUAUGAGAUCUUGGGAGUUCAGAAAGAUGCCUCAGAGGAGGACCUUAAAAAAGCGUACCGGAAAUUGGCACUCAAAUUCCAUCCAGAUAAGAACCACGCGCCGGGAGCAACAGAGGCUUUCAAAGCCAUUGGGAAUGCGUAUGCAGUCUUAUCUAACACGGAUAAGAGGCGACGCUAUGACCAGUUUGGAGAGGAGAGGAGCAGCGCUGGCAGAUCCAGGCAGUCAGAGGGAGACUUUGAGGCUGAUAUCUCCCCAGAGGACCUCUUUAAUAUGUUCUUCGGAGGAGGCAUCCCAUCAAGUAAUGUUCACAUGUACAGCAAUGGGCGAAUGCGCUUCCACCAGAGAGCGGAGAGAGGAGAACGGCACAGAGAUGGGGGGCUAGCACUCUUCAUCCAGCUUAUGCCCAUCCUCCUCCUCGUCCUUAUCUCAGCUCUCAGUCAGAUGAUGGUCACCAACCCUCCUUACAGUCUUAGUUACAGACCGUCAUCGGGUCACACCCAUAAGAGAGUGACGGAGAAUCUCGGGGUGCCGUACUACGUGGGGGAGCACUUUGCCAAGGAGUACAGCGGAGGAGCCAGGCUGAGAGGCGUAGAGAGGAGUGUGGAGGAGGAUUACAUCUCCAACCUCCGAAAUAACUGCUGGAAAGAGAAACAGCAAAAAGAGGGCUUGCUGUAUCGAGCUCGAUAUUUCGGAGACAAUGAGCUGUACCAGAGGGCUCAUCGAAUGGGAACUCCCAGUUGCUCCAGGCUAUCAGAAGUUCAGGCUUCCUUACACGGCUAAACAACGCUUCAACUUUAGCAUUAGGUUUAUCUGAAAAAUCCUCCAAUCUGAAGAGGUCACCAAGAAGAAUUUUUAAUUCAUUUUUCAUGAUCACUGGACAGAGCGUCAAUGAACAGAGUACUGGCGUACUGUGUAUAGAGGUGUGACAAGUGGCUGGUUAGCCCUGUUCCCAUUGGCCAGUAUCAGGAAUUGUAGCUUGUAGCAAUUGCUAAAAGCUGAGCCUUUUCCCCAGACUCUUAAAUGUUCUGCUGUCUCCUGACUGGAGCAAAUUUACAGGAUUUGAAUUUAUGUAAAUCAGGAAAUCAUCUGAGAGUUUAUUUAUUACUGUAGAACAGGCUACAAAACACUACUGAGAACAUUUUACAUAUCUUCGGUA